CACAUGCGUACUGCAGUUUUCCGCGAAAUUUUAAAGGACAGCAGAAUGAAUUCUUUGACGUGAUUGGGAUCUUUAUGAGCAACUUAUGAUGAAAGAAUUCUAAGCUUGAUUGCUGAGUGGAGCAAGGAUGAAUAGAGUUGUUGCCCUUGUUGACAUGGACUGUUUCUAUGUCCAGGUAGAACAGAAACUCCAGCCUCAGUAUAAAGGAAAGCCAUGUGCUGUAGCACAAUACAAAAAAUGGAAGGGUGGUGGACUGAUAGCGGUUGGAUAUGAAGCGAGGGCCUUUGGAGUGAACAGACAAAUGAUGGGAGAUGACGCCAGAAAGAAGUGUCCUGGUCUACACCUGUUUAGGGUACCAGAACUCCGAGGCAAAGCUGACCUCACCAAAUACAGGGAGGCUGGAGCGGAGGUAAUCACGGUCCUCAGUACGUUUAGUCAGUGUGUGGAGCGAGCCAGUGUUGACGAGGCCUACAUCGACCUCACGGACGAGGUUGACAGGCUGAUUCAGCAGACAGACAGGAUCAAGUCCACAGACCUUUCCAACACUCACAUUGUGGGAUAUGAUGGAGAACAUGGAGUAGAGGAUUGGCUAGCCUGUGCCUAUGAUGGUGAGGAACUGAGCGAGGCUAACCAGCGUCUGGCCACAGGAGCCAAGAUAGCGGAGGACAUGAGGGCUGCAGUUUACAGGGAAACGGGAUACAGAUGUUCAGCAGGUAUCGGCCACAAUAAGAUGCUAGCCAAACUUGUGUGUGGUUUCCACAAACCUAACAAGCAGACAGUUAUUCCCCAGGAUUCUGUGACUGGCCUGUUCAGUACUCUCCCUCUAACAAAGAUACGACAUCUCGGAGGAAAACUUGGUCAGUCAGUCAUGGAACAACAGGUGGAGAACAUCGGUGAUCUUUGUCGUUUUACGGACCGAGAACUCCAGCAGUAUUAUGGAGAUAAAACAGGGUACUGGCUGUACGAGGUUUGUCGAGGGAUAGAGAGAGAACCGGUGGCUGCCAGACAGCUUCCUAAAUCUAUUGGCUGCAGCAAAAAUUUCCGUGGCAAAGAGGCUUUGGAUACCCGUGAAAAGGUGAGGUUCUGGUUGUCGGAGUUAUCAGGAGAAGUUAUUGAGAGGCUGGAGAAAGACAAAGAAACAAAUAAAAGAGUUGGCCGCUCAUUGACCAUCAGCCUGCGAUACCAAGGCAGCCCGUCUGUGUCGGCCUCCAGAGUGUGUGCACUGACGCGAUAUGACAAGAAGAAGAUUCAAGAUGAUGCACUCUCCCUUCUACGGAAGUUCAACACCUCUGCUCCACAUCAGGCAGCAUGGACGCCAGCCAUUAUUUGCCUUGGACUGUCUGCUGGUAAAUUUGAGGAGGAAUCGGGAGGGAACUCCAUCACAUCGUUCUUAGGCAACAAAACUAGCACCAUGGAGACAAUGUCAUCACCGACAGCUUUAAAGGGACAGAAAGGCAGCAUCGCUUCCUUCUUCAAAUCCAAUGUUACAACGUCAAAAUGUGAUCAAACAGACGAACGCAGAGAUUUUACCUUUGACAGCAGUGAGGAUGCUAAUAUUGAUUUGUCUUCACAAAAAAUGCCAAGUUCAUCCGGAGUACUUGAGAAGGAUACAGCAGGUACCGAGUGUGAUAAAUUGUCUUCACGCAAACGAAACAGUUUGGGUGGAAUCGAAAGUUUCUUUAGAAAAGGUCAGACUACCGAAGGAAAUUCCAGAGAGGAAGCCAGUCUAGAUAUUGUGUCAGAUUCUCAGAAAGUAGGUAAAGAUUCUAUAUCCAUGCUAGAACAUACAAGUGUUUUCACUGGUGCCUCGGACAAAACAGAGAAGAAAGGAUUUUUUGCCUCUAGGAAAAAUGUUACUGAUAUUGUACCACAGGAGAGGCAAUCUGAAGUUGAUAAAGAUACAGGUACCUCUAUAGAUGAAGAUCUGCUGCAAUGUCUGCCAAACGAUAUUCAACGGGAAAUAUUGCAUCAAAUUAAUCCAUUUAGUCCUGAAACUUCAAAAAAUAUCACAUCAUCGUCGUCACCAAAUCCUGGAUCUAAUGACUCAAAGGUGUGCAGUAUUUCUGAUUCAGCCAUGGCCGGCAACUUUGACGAGGAUUAUCAUCUUUGUGAGAAAUGCCAGAAGAGAAUCCUGGCUUGGGACCUACCUGAACAUAUGGAUUUCCACUUUGCACAGGACCUACAGAACUCUCUAGCGUAUAAAUCUCCCGUGGUAAAGCGUAAACAUGACAGCACAUCACCAACGAAAAACAAGAAACUUAAAACCAAGCAAUCAAACUCCAAGACUAUUGAUAGUUUCUUUGGGAAACAAUGAACUCAGUCAAGCAUUUAAAUAAU